AUUAUUGAUGCCAGCAACUUGAAGAAAGCUUUUGCUUCAAGCAAACAACAAAUCUUUCUACAAACGAAUUCAAUUACUAUUAAUCACACUUUUUAAAAAAAAUAAUCAUACUUAUUACUUGCUUCCAACUACAAGAUCCUCCAUUUUUGAGAGACCAUUCAAUUUUUUCUAACAUAUGGAAGAAGGAUUAGUUGGCCCACGGAUAUACAGUUGCUGUAAAUGCAGAAAUCACAUUGCUUUUCAUGAUGAUAUCGUCUCCAAAAAUUUUCAGGCAAGAACAGGGAGAGCUUAUUUAUUUACACAUGCCAUGAAUGUAGUAAUAGGGCAGAAGGAAGAUCGGCACCUAAUGACAGGUUUGCAUACUGUGGCAGAUGUUAAGUGUUCUGAUUGUGGGGAAGUUUUAGGAUGGAAAUAUGAAAGAGCAUAUGAUGAAAGCCAGAAAUACAAAGAAGGAAAAUUUGUUUUCGAAAGAUUUAAGAUUGUAAAAGAUAAUUGGUAGCCUGUGUGGGAAAUUGAUGUUGAUUUCACAUAUUUAAAGUGUAAGUAUGUGCCUAAUUGGAAAAUUUGUACAAAGAAUUUGAACAUUAUUUGUUUGAUAAAUAAACUUAAAUUAGAUCAGA